UCAGCUUUAACACUGGGCUAAGAAGACGUAGAGGCACGACAGGAUCCCAGUCAAGGGAUGGCAAUGAGAGAAACAGCCAGGCUUCAUUCAGUGGAUCAUAGUCCAGUGAAAGCCGGCAGGUGCAGCCUGGAUUCUGUCUCGUUACCAGCUUAGCGGUUGUAGUAUCCUCCUCAAACUCAGAAGGGGAAGGAUGCCCGGGGGCACUAAAGGGGAGAGGGGUGUCGGGGCGGCAGUGAAGCCUCCCCGGACCCCGAAGUGCUCUCGCUGCAGGAACCACGGUUUCGAUGUCCGGCUAAAGGGGCACGGGGCGUGUAGCUGGCGGCGAUGCCAGUGUCCCAAGUGCUACCUGAUCGCCGAGCGGCAGCGCAUCAUGGCAGCGCAGAAAGCGCUCCGCAAGCAGCAGCAACGCGAGGAGGAGAUGGGGAUGGCUGGCCCUUCGCUGGGGGCAGACGCCAGAAAUACCGGCACCAGCCCACCCCCUGCCCCGGAGCAAGCAGCAGGCCAGCUCCCCAGCCCAGUGCCGGAGGGAGACACCUCUACCUCGGACAGGCGUGGCCCGUCGGUGGUGCAGGAGGCUAGACAGGGCGGUGGCGACAGGAAGGACAGUGCAUCUGCCCAUGUGGUCCACACCUCUGGCUCUUUGGAUCAUCCUGCUUUGUACCAGGAGGUUUCCACCACCAGUAAAGAGCAAGCAGAGAGGAAUUCUGUGACUGGUGGCUUUUACCGGAAUAUCUUGCCACCUAAGCUGUAUACAGGAUAUUGCAGUAGUGUCUACAGUUAUCACCCCUUCUCCAUGGGUUUUCCAAUGAAUCAGCCAGGCUACAAGGGAGCUCCAAUGCCAACUGGAAUGUGUGCCUCAAGAGGCAGCUUUAGGCCAGUCCAAGGAAGCCUUGGAGCAUUCCAUCCAAACCCCAUGUUGAUGCGAGACAAUGGUUGUGGACUACACUCGCCUUAUUACUCACCACCUCCGUUUCUUGGUUCAAGAUUGUUCUCAGGACCUCCUUAUAUACCCCCACUCAUGGCACCAAGAGUCAGUGAAGCUGCUGGUGAAAUUGACGUAAAUCAGGAACAAAAACCAAGUUUCUGGACAAGUUCAGCAGGUCUGACAGCAUUUUAUGAAAAAGGAGACGAAGGUGAUGUUGCUGGGAAGAGAAGUGAUGAUGCAGACAGUGAUCAAGCAAACAAGUGUUUGGAAAGGUGA